AGUUGGAGAGCCUGUCCUUCCAGUCAGCUGGUAGACCCUCAGAACCAGACUACCUGUCCUCCACCACCAUCUCUUCUGGCAGCUUCGCCACCACUGACCCUGAACACACCUCCACCAAAAUAGACUCUUUUCUGCUCUUGGCUGGGUUUGGAAGAGGGAAAAAAUCAUCGGUCAAUGGCUCCUCUUCGCGAAGACGCAGUUCCUGUAGGGACGUAUCUGGUCCUGGGUCUCCCAUCUCAGACUCACUCCUACACAGCAGCAGUAUCCAGCGCAUCAUAGACAAAUAUACCAGGGAGCUCUCUCAGUUCUGAUGGGAACCAGACGGGUACACACAAUUUGAAUCUUUCUUUUUGAUUCCAGUAUCCUAUUUUAGGGAAUUUCCAAACAGCAGCCUCUUACAAUUCCCCUUCCUCCCACCCACGUCCCUCUGCAGUGAUAGAGGGGUCAGUGUUUGAGGAGCCCAGCUUCUCUGUGUCCCAGCAACAGCAGAAGCCCUGGUCAAAGCAACUGCAGGAGAAUGAGGGACCAGACAGGUGACCUAUAUAUAUUCAGGAAUGGAACAGCACUGUCAACCGAGGCAGGACUCCACUAUCAGCCCAAUGAUUGGCCAGCGCUUGGAUAAGUCAUCCUCACCGGGCCACAGGUGGGAUUCGACUUUGAGCAGAAUGAUUGGCCAGCUCUCAGGUCAAUCAACCUCACUGGACCAUGGGUGGGAUUCGACUUUGAGCAGAAUGAUUGGCGGACUCUCCAAUCAGUCAACCUCUGUGAGACAGCUGAUUGGUCAGAUUCGACUGGACCAGUCAUCCCAGUGGCUGGAUAAAGGCCAGGAUGAGAGCCAGAUGAUGGGGCCUCUGGUUGGAGAGCUGGAUGAGUCUGCUGCGCAAUGGAGUGGGAGCUCAGGAGCUGAUGGGUCUAACUCCCUAGGCUGGGUGGAUCUGAGAGGCUCAGGCCAGACAGGAGUGUCAUCUGACCAAGAGGGAGCCCCUGAAGCCCAUUCACAGAGCAGCUCCUUUCCCCCUGGACUGGAACCUCUGCCACACUACCAGUGCCUGCAGCGCUCUGGCACCAGUUCGCAGGAAGUAGACAGGACUGGGGCCUCUGACUCCUUUCACCCCCUCCUGGAUGAAGUCACACACAACGAGACAGCUGAACCCUCCAUGACCUUUCACCUUCCAGAAGAGGACGUGGAGGGGCCAUGUUUCCACGAAGAAGAAAGUGACCAUGAAGCACUUGCAGGGGACCUUGAACUCUCUGCAUGCUCAGAGGAGUUUGUGGACGACACUUGGUCUGUCACCUCUGACCCCUCUCCUGAGUGCCUGAGAGGAAGGGAGGAACCACCUCCGCCCUCGCCUACCCUGCACGACUCCUUGUACCAGCUGACCACGUCCCAGUGCCUCCCUCAUAACUCUGCUCUGGAUGUAUCCCCAGGAGCAGAGGUGGGGGUUCUGGCAGCAUGUUCCCUCUCAGGCGCCUCUCUCUGUGAAGAUGUCCCCACUUUGGACAAGCCACUUGAAGGCAGGGACACUGAUAUGGAGAGCAUACCAGCACCUCAGACAGUUGACCAAGGAGGUGCUAUUAUUAAGGACCUGGGUGCAGGAGAGCCGGAUGCCCAGCUAUGUUCAGAGUCAAAGAUCAGCCCUCCCAUCUGGGAGAGAAUUGUCAUUACAUAUAAUUCACUAUUCAAAUGUUUCAGACUAUUGGUCCAGUGAUGGGGUUGUUUAACGGAUGUCACUCGAGACGGGCUUUGAGAAGGUGUCUUCUGUAAUGCUAUUAGUUGAUCUUUGUGAUUUGACGUCUUUCUCCUCUUUUCAGGUGGGCAGUGUGACGGGGAUAAUGGAUUCCAUGCUGACCCUGGUGAGCCUGACAGACACCACAUUAAAGGACCACGGACUUGCUGAGGAAGGAGAGAUGGAUGAGGUAUCAGACCAAGAAGGCAUUGUGGAGAAGUGUUGCCAGAGGAGGAUGCCAGCCUACAGGAGGAAGAGACAACCCCCUCUCAUGCAGUGAUGCUGCUGGAGUUCCAGUCGUGUCCCAGCAUGAAUCUACAAGAGGCCUUCCAGCAGAAACGCAGAGCCCUGAUCCAGAGGUCUGCCCCCAAGAUGGCUGAAGCCAAAGCAAACACCAGGGCCCAGUCUGAAACCACUGAGACCAGGGCCAACACAACCACCAGGGCCUAGUCUGACCCAACCACUGUUCAGUCAUCCACUACUAAACCCAGGAGAGAGGGGAGGAGUGCAGAGUCAACCCAUGCAGGAGUGGAUGCCAAGCAGAAAAAGCAUUAGCCAAAGCUCCAAACUCCCUUGCAGCCUCCCUUGCUAGCCAAGCUGAAGAAGGUUGGGGAGGUGAGGAUCAGCACUCCUGAGAUGAGGAAACAGGAUGUGGCUGACAUGCGCCAGAGAACAGAGAGGUUGUACAGCUGACUAGAUGAGGUGAAGCUUCAGAAGGAGGUCAGGAGCAGACAGGAGGCAUAUGCCAAAGAGUUUCACAAGAAAAUCUUACAGAAGCUACGGGCCAAGCAGUCUCCGCAAUGAUACUGACUAUCAGUUUUAUCUGUUGUGUGUUCUGUUUGCACUUAUUUUGUACUUCCAUGUGUAUUUGUACAGUUUAAUCAGUAAUGUAAAAUAUAUUUUUAAAGUGUGUAUAUAAUCUGCAUUGUCUAUUCAUCACAACUUACUGUGUUCACACAACAAAAGCAGCCAGUGCACUAUUACACCUUGAAUACUGUAGGUACACACAUUGCAUUAUGAGAAUGUUAUGUUGCCUGUAAAAAUAUUUUUGUUUUAGGUUUUCAUAGCCAAUAAAGUUGCUUGUUGCUGA